AAUUUUCUUCGAAGUGCCGUGAUCAGCUUAGUCUCAUAUUCUCUCUCUAAAACCAUUACAUACACUCUACUCUCUCUCUCUCUCUCUCUCUCUCUCUCUCUCUGUACCCACUUCUUGCAUUUCUUGGAGAAAAAUGAAGGAGAAUAAGGGAAACCCAUUACAUUUAUCAUCUUUGAAUCAUAUUUCUCUGGUGUGUAAAUCAGUCGAGGAAUCUACUGAUUUUUAUGAAAACAUUCUUGGAUUUGUUCCUGUUAGGAGGCCUGUAUCAUUUAAAUUUGAUGGAUCAUGGCUAUUUGGCCAUGGAAUAGGGAUCCAUUUAUUGCAGUCAGAAGAUCCAGAAAGUUUUCCGAAGAAAACUGUCAUUAAUCCAAAGGAUAAUCACAUUUCUUUCCAGUGUGAGAGCAUGAAUAUGGUGGAGAAGAAGCUGACAGAGAUGGGGAUCAACUACGUGCGACAGCGGGUAGAAGCAGGUGGAAUCUACGUUGAUCAGCUAUUUUUCCACGAUCCAGAUGGAUUCAUGAUUGAAAUAUGCAACUGUGAUGAUCUUCCUAUAAUCCCAUUGGCUGGAGAGAUGAUCAGAUCAUGCUCCAGAAUCAAUAUGCGGAUGAUCCAGCAGCAGAAGAUCCAUGUCCGAGUACAACCUUAAAAGACUUAAGAGAAGUGUCACCUGAAAGUUGAAUCUAUAUUAGAUCUUUCUUCUUAAUUGCUUCCUCAGUUUCUCGUCUUUGUUUCUUGCAUGAGAUUGUGGUAAUAAAAGGAUAUCGCCGUGUGUACAAUGAUAAUUUUCCUUAAGGCAUGUUUAGUUUGUAUUCGUGGUUGCUACUAUAUUUGAAUUUUUGCCUUUUA